UGUCCUCUUCGGCCCCUGUAGUGAAUAUUGGGGGGACCUUUGGACCGGUCCCCCUGUUGCCAGAGGAGCGCUCCUGGCUACAGCUGAGCCACGAUGGCCACGUCUCCCGUGAAAGAGUUCCUGGUUUCCUAUUUAAUGCCAGAAAAAUGUUAUGAGGAGAUUUUCGUGAAGUUCCACAUGCACGUGCCUUGCCUAAAGUUUUUACUGAACAAAACUUUCGGAUUUUGGAUCUUACUGGACACUUUCCUAGCUCAGCCUCCUCAGCUGUUGAAGAUACUGUGGAGAAGAAGUGCAGCGGGCCUAAAUCUGACCUCCGCCCUCCUGCAGCUUUAUGCCUUAUCAUGUCCUGUGGUGUACGCUGUGGCCAACAACUUUCCACUCUUUGCCUGGGGUGAGAGGCUCUUCACAUUGGCCCAGACAGCAGCCAUUGUCUUCCUCAUCCUGCAUUAUCGUGGCGAUACCCUCACAGGGCUGCUGGUCCUCAUGGCUUACAGUGGCGUAAUGUUCCUUCUGGGCUCUUAUGCAGCUGUAGCAGUCGUCUCAUGGAUGCAGGCCUCCAGCUUGACAGCUUUAAUUGCAAGCAAGGGUCUCCAGGCUGGAACUAACUACUGUAAUGGCCACACAGGCCAGUUGUCCACUCUGUCUGUGUUACUAUCGUGGGGAGGGUCUCUGGGUGUUCUCUUUGUGUCUCUACAGGAGACGGGAAGCUCAUUUGCUACUCUGUCACACAUUCUGUCAGCCUGUCUCAGCUGUGUCCUCCUGGUCCAGGUCCUCUGCUACAGGAGCAGCACCGCCACCACUAAAAAGAAGAGCGAGUAGAUGGUGGAGGACUGUGACAAAUGAACACUCACAUUAUUUGCAAAUCCUUCUGGUCAUUCAAGAAAUGUUUUGCACUAAACUAGCAGAAAAUGUUUACAUGGUCUUCUUGUACAAAUACGCCUGUGUGCUACAGUCUUAACAAGUCGUGCUGUGUUUUUGUGUAAAUUUGAACCCUCAAUGUCAUGCUUUUCAUAAUUUUCUACAUUUUGGUUUUCAUUUCUGCAGUUAGUUUCCUGUAAUUUUAAGGGAGGGAAUAAAAAAGGUUUUGUCACCCUCUAGUGAGUCAAAUAGGAAUGACUUUACUCUCAGAGGUGACACAGCUUUCAAUGGGCCUUUUUUUUUUUUACAGAAGACAAUGAAGAAGCGUCACAGUAGGAAAAGCACAGGUGUAAACAAUACAGUUAACGGUGGCUGAAUUCCAUUUAGCUGCUUUUGUUUCAGGGUUGCUGUGCAUGCUGGUUCACUGUCACACACUCACUUGAAUACAACAGAGUCAUCGUCACACCUGUGCUUUUCCUAGUAGGACAAGUCAAAAUGUCUGCUGUAAAAAAAAGACUGGUGGCAUCUGAAGGUGACUGUCAAAAUAAAACAGUCAGUUCUUGAGUGUAUUCAAAGUCUCUCCGUAGCUCUAUUGACGGUUAGUCAAGCCAUUUUUUUGGGUUUACUAAAAUUGAAGAAGUGAAAGCUUUUCAUCUCAAGUACACAUCAUCCAGUAAGGCGGUAAGUCACAAGAAUGUCACCAGUUUGGGCAAUUUCUAAAGCACAUACAGGGUUUUGAACUGGGGAAGGAGUGAGUCACAUGAGUAAACACAAGCGUUGGUCAGAUUAGGUCAUUUCACAGAUCUGUUCCUCCUGUGGUUGAAGGAACAUCCCUUUGAUAAUGCUUUCAUUUCCUGUUAGACUGGGAAAAUGUUCACGUUGGCCCCAUCAUGUUAAUUCCAGUUGGACUAAUUUUGUGGUAGCCUCUAGUUUUUUUUUUUUUUUUUGGCAUUACAUAAUAUGAUGAAAUAUUUAUCUUAUAACCCUUUUAAAAAUAUAUGUAGAAAAAAAGUCACUGUUUAGUGAACUUUAGUCUUUAUUUUCUCUUUAUUAACUCAGUGCCCAGGUUUCUAUGCCCCUUUUUUAACAUUUUUUAUCCAGCUUUACCGAGCAUGACUGCAAAAUGUCCAGUACUGGUACAGCCUGUAGUGUACCUGUGGUGUUGACUACUUUGCAGCUCACUGAAGCAGCAGGAAGUUGUUUUGCUUGAGGUUUUUUUUUUUAGGGAUGACUGUUAGUAAUUUCUCUGCUCAGUUUUUUCCUGCCGGACUGAUGGAUUGAACUUGAAGUCACAAUAAGGUAAAUUAGUUGAAAGAUUCAUGAAAGAGUACUAUGGUAGCUCCAGUAAAUCAUGUUAAAGAUGAUGAUUAUAUUAUAUAAUUGUUUACAUGCAUAUAGAAUGUGGAAUAUACCGUAACCUGCUCAUAUUUUGAGAGUACCAAUUUUGGGUGUCAGCACCUUUUCACUGACGCCACCGUGAACAGUAUGUCCAGUGUUGCUCAGUAACACUCCAGACAUUUGCAGGAGCUCUGCCAAGACACACUGAACGAAGUGCCUGUGCCAGCACAUGAGCGCCAAUGACAUAUUAAACUUGUUUUUGCUAGUUACUUGUUUGUUUCCAUCCAACUGAACACAGAAAAACUACUGAUUGAAUGAAGUGAGUGAAUUAUUGUC